GUAAACAGUCUAAACUGUUGAUAUGAAAGAGGCAGUGACUUGCGGAACGCGUACUCGAACGUGAAGUGGGGGAACCAUGACAACAACUGUGACCUUGUACACAAAUAGAGCUCUCCAUUCUGUGAGUGCUCUCAACACCGUCAGAUGACUUCAGCUCACCAGGACAACUAUGAAGAUACUGUUGAUAUUGAUGAGCCUGGGAUCUCUCGCUCAUGGAGCUCGGAUCCUAGCAGUGUUGCCAUUUCCUAGCAAAAGCCACAGUAUAAUGCACUACACAAUAUUCAACCUGAUGGCUCAGAGAGGACAUGAGGUGGUCGUAUACAGUGUUUACCCUCCUCCGUACAGUAUAGCCAACUUGACGUACACCCAUCUACCUUCUGGACUCACAGAAAUGACUAAUUCAUGGACGUUAGAGCUGUUCCAUGAGAUAGCUGGAAGCACUAAUUUUUAUGGAUGUACAGCAUUGGGCGUUUUUGCCUUAACAACGGCGGCUUGCGAAGACGUAUUUAAGAACGAAAAUAUAAAAGAGCUGCUUGAAUCAGAUCAAAAUUUUGACCUCAUUUUUCUAGAAUUCACGUUUGGUCAAGAAUCUCUCUCCGUGUUUAGCCACAAGUUUAAAGCUCCUAUCAUAAAUUUCCAAGGAUUCACCACCUGGAGUCUUAUCGACUGGGUUGCCGGAAACUCCUUAUCCAUUUCACACAUCCCAGAAGCGAGUUCCUUUUCAUUUACAAACAAAAUGUCCUUUAAGGAGAGGCUACAGAACUUUCUAUCGACAGUUCUUACUUUUCUCUCGUAUCACUUUGAACACCUCCCCAACCAACAGAGAUUAGUGGAACAAUAUUACAAAGAUCCCAGCAUGCCCCAUGUCUCAGAGAUGCUGAAAGAGAUCUCAAUAACUUUUAUAAAUUCACAAAAAAGCCUAGAAUAUCCCAGGCCAUACACACCUAAUAUGAUACCAAUUGGAGGGGCCCACAUGUCUACUCAUAUGACUCCUUUACCCAAGGACAUAAAAACAUUUGUUGACAAUGCUAAACAAGGAUUGAUUUUCUUCAGUUUGGGUACAUUUGUUCCUGAACAUAACAUGCCCAGUAAAUACAUUCAGGCGUUCGUAAAUGCAUUUAAACGGCUUCCGCAAAAAGUUCUGUGGAAAACUGGAAUUGAAAAUAUUCCUGGCCUUCCUGAAAACGUGAAGCUCACAAAAUGGGUGCCUCAGCCCACAGUGUUGGGUCACCCUAACUGUGUUCUGUUCCUGACUCAUGGAGGACUGUUUAGCCAACACGAAACUUUCUAUGCGGGAGUACCUGUGGUUGGGAUACCAUUCUUUACUGAACAAAGAUUUAACAUGAAGUUUUACGAAAGUCUUGGGGUCGGAAUCAAAUUAGAACUAAACGACGUCACAGAGGAAGCUGUAUACAAGGCAAUAACAACAAUACUAAAUAAUCCAAGUUACAAGGAGAACGCCAAGAGAGUGUCCAGUAUUGUGAGAGACCAGCCGAUGUCUCCAGCUGACACAGUCGUGUUCUGGGUAGAGUACGUUUUGAGACACGGUGGAGCUCCUCAUCUCAAGCCUGCCUCUGUGUAUCGUAGAUAGUACAAAUCUUUACUGACGGAUGAUUUCUUUCAGUUACCAGGAGAACGCCAAGAGAGUGUCCAGUAUUGUGAGAGACCAGCCGAUGUCUCCAGCUGACACAGUCGUGUUCUGGGUAGAGUACGUGUUGAGACACGGCGGAGCUCCACAUCUCAAGCCUGCCUCUGUGUAUCUUCGGUGGUAUGAGCUAUUAAUGGUGGACGUUAUUUUGGUUAUGUUUGUAAUUACGUCAUUGAUCUUAUUUAUUUGCUACUUUAUUAUAAGGAGAGUUUCAAGUCUUUGUUUUGGUAAUACCAGACAUAUUUCAAGUACUAAGAAAAUGAAUUAAUUUGUA